CUUUACAUUAUAGAACGAUGCACUCUUUGAAAAUUUUCCAACCAAUAGUAUAUAAAAAGAUUGGCUCCAGAGGGAUAACACAUACAAUACAAUACAGGUUCAAGACUCAUUGCAAAUGGCUCCACUCCAAUGGCUGAACCAAGAAUUCAAAUCAUUCUUGUUCUUUGCAACCAUUUUCAUGAUAGUCCUAUUGAUGAAAUACCAUCUUGGAGAAAAGUCGAGAAAGAGAAAUAGGUCUAAUCUCCCUCCAAGUCCUUCUAUCACACCUAUCAUUGGCAAUCUCCACCAGCUUGUAACCUCACCCCACAUAGCUCUUCAAAGACUCACACAAAAGUAUGGUCCCAUAAUUUUCCUACAACUAGGUCAAAUCCCAACAGUGGUUGUCUCCUCAGCAAAACUUGCAAAGGAAGUGCUGAAAACCCAUGACCCAGCACUCUGUAGCCGUCCACAACUUUUCUCAGCCAAAUACCUCUUCUACAACUGCACAGACAUUGCUUUCGCUCCUUACGGUGCUUAUUGGAGGCACAUAAGGAAAAUUUGUAUACUUCAGCUUCUGAGUGCCAAAAGGGUACUCUCAUAUAGUUCUGUUAGAGAAGAAGAAGUUGCUCGGCUAGUUCACAGGGUUGAAGGGUCUUAUCCUGGAACAACCGAUUUGUCUAAGAUGCUGGGGCUCUAUGCAAAUGAUGUCCUUUGCAGAGUUGCAUUUGGAAGGGAGUUUUCAGAAGGAGGAGACUAUCAUCGACAUGGGUUUCAAACGAUGCUUGAUGAGUAUCAAGAACUGCUUGGAGGUUUCAGUGUUGGAGACUUUUUUCCUUCUUUGGAGGAGUUCUUACACAGUUUGACAGGUAUGAAGUCAAGACUCGAAGGCACUUCUCGGAGGUUUGAUCAACUCUUUGAUCAGAUACUGUAUGAACACAAGGGUUCCAAUAAAGUAGAAGAGCAUAAAGACCUUGUAGAUGUUUUGCUCGAGGUGCAGAAGAAUGGCUCUGCUGAGAUGCCUCUCACCACUGAUAACAUCAAGGCAAUCAUCUUGGACAUGUUUGCUGCAGGAACUGAUACCACCUUCAUAACUCUUGAUUGGGCGAUGACAGAGCUGCUAAUGAACCCACAUGUUAUGGAAAAAGCACAAAGGGAAGUUCGGAGCAUCAUGAGAGAGAGAAGAGUGAUUGCAGAGAGUGAUCUGGCUCAAAUGGAGUACAUGAGAGCUAUCAUCAAAGAGACAUUCAGAUUGCACCCUGCUGUUCCAGUGUUAGUCCCAAGAGAAUCCAUGGAAGAUGUUGUGAUAGAGGGGUACAAAAUUGCAGCCCAGACAAGAUUUUUUGUGAAUGUUUGGGCAAUAGGUAGGGACCCCGAAAGUUGGGAGGAUCCAAAUGCAUUUAAACCAGAGAGGUUUUUAGGGAGUGAUGUUGACUACAAAGGGAAGGAUUUUGAGCUCAUACCAUUUGGGGCAGGUAGAAGAGGUUGUCCAGCUAUUUCUUUUGCCAUUGCUGUUGUUGAGCUUGCUCUGGCUCAACUUCUCCACAGUUUCCAUUGGGAGCUUCCUCCUGGUGUUACACCCAAAGAUUUGGACCUCACUGAUGUGUUUGGCAUUUCCAUGCAUAGAAAACAACAUCUUCAUGUGGUGGCUAAACCAUACUUUCUUUGAGCACUUUCAGCAAGCAAGUAGAAGGCUUGUUAAGCAAGCAGUGGUUAAGAGAGCUAUGUGUGAACCUCCAGUGAAUUGUAGGGUUGGAUGAACUUGGUUCUUUUGAAACUUUUCCAGCUAUUUUUAACUGUUUGAUGAAUGAUAAUAAAUCAUGGAAAAGUGAUAAACUGU